AUGCCUCCACUAUCUCGAGUCUUGAGCGCACCUAGCGUCCACAGCUGGUGGUCUGACUCAAAUCCAACUGGCGCUAGCCUCAAUCUGCAUGCAGCCGCCAAACCACUUCUCCGAUUUAUGUAUGCAAAUGAGGUGUUCAAGCUUAUGGAGGCCCAUCCCUCCUGGGCUACCGCCCUUACCGACAAUAUUCUGAACAUCUAUCUAAGCUACCUUGGAUCCCCCUAUGUUUCCAGAUCUACCAAAUGUGCCAUACUCCAGCAUUUUACAGGAAGAAUGAUCUCUUUGCCCCAUUGUGCCCAUGACUCCAAGCUCUUGGUGCAGUGGGCUAAUUCUUUCCAGGGUCAUGCAGUGUUUGAGGCUCUUUUGUCACAUCCUCAGACACAAUACCAGGUGCUGAGACCUUCUGGUCAGAUGUACAACUACAUUGUUCUUGAUGAGAAAUUCCAAUUGGGAUAAAGAGCUAGCUGCUCAGAUCUGUCACUCUGAUAUAGGAGCCCAACUUGUAGCAAGAAAUCUCCCAGCUCUACAUUCAAAUAAGGCCAAAGAUUUGGCCUAUUGUCUAGUUAAAAUGCUAUUACUACAAUGGACAUUUCCCCAUAUAUGUCAAAGCAUUUCAUCACAAUAUGAUCAACAACCUACACAAGACUUGUAGUAUGUUGCUCAAUUUAUUUAUUUAUAGUUUGCUAAACACUAUGGUAGUCAUGCUUUUGAAAUAUCUAGU